AUGGCUUUUGCCGCCGGCCUGGUUGAGCUCCAAGCAGAGACCAGCUGCCCCGUCUGCCUGGACUACCUCAGACACCCAGUGACCCUGGACUGUGGCCACAACUUCUGUGGCUCCUGCAUCCAGCAGCGCUGGGAAGACCUCCGGGACAUCUUCCCCUGUCCCCUGUGCCUCCACCACUGUGCUGACAGGAGCCCCCCCAGGAACACCCAGUUGAGCCACCUGGUGGACAUUGUCAAGCAGCUUCCUGGCCAGAGAGGCCCAGGGCAGGAGGAGGAGCCCCUGUGUGAGAAGCACUCCCAGGGGCUGACCCUGCUCUGUGAGGAGGAUCUGGAGCUGCUGUGUCCCAGGUGCAGGGUGUGCUCUGACCACCAAGGUCACCUCCUGAUGCCCCUGGGGCCAGCUGCAGCCAGGCACAGGCAGAAGCUCAAAAGCUUCCUUGAGCUUCUGAAGUGUCAGGUUGAAGUGGCCCAAGCACAGUGUGAAAUGCAGAUUUCAAAAUCCAUUGAAUUGAAAUGGAAGAUGGAAAACCACAAGGAAGAAUUAGGCCCCGAAUUCAAAGAGCUUCUAGUUUUCCUGAAAAGGGAGCAGGUGGCAAUUGAUGCCAGGAUGCUCGCAGAGGAGAUGGUCGUGGGCCAGAGAGUCACGGAGAACAAGAGCCAGCUCUUAAGCCACCUGUCCACGCUGGAGGAUCUGCUCCUUGAAAUCCCAGAGAAGUGUCUGCAGGCAGACCUGGAUUUGCUGGCGAGCGUCAAGACGCUCCACAGCAGGUGUGAAGACCUGCAGCCACCAGGAGUGUUCUCCUGUGAGCUCCAGAAGGAGAGCUGCCCUCUCCCUCCUCACUACCUGGGCCUGCACAACAUCAUCCGCACCUUCCAGGCAGAUCUGACGCUGGAUCCCAAGAAGGCCCACCCGGGCCUGCUUGUCUCCAGAGACAGAAAAAGUGUGACCAUGAGGGCAGUGCCGCCAGAGCUCCUAAGGGGAGCCCAGGGCCUGCUCUCUUACCCUCGGGUCCAGAGUGGGGAGGGCUUUGAGGCUGGCAGGCACUUCUGGCAGGUGGAGGUGCGAGGCCCAGGGGUCUGGUCGCUAGGUGUGUGCAACGACUCUGUCUGCACGAAGGGUCUGAGGUCAAUAUCCCUGAGCCCUGGGUCCUGGCAGUUUCAGCCCUCCCUGUGGGCACUGGGUCCAGAAACCCCAGAGCAAAUUGUGCGGAUUGGGGUGUUUCUGGAUUAUGAGUUGGGGGAGCUCUCUUUUUUUGACCUGAAUAACAGGUCCUUUUUGUACUCAUUCACUGACAUUUUCACAGGAAAACUGACGCCCUGUUUCUCCUUUGGCACUUCCUCAAAAUCCCUCACACUCAGUCUGCUGUCUUAG